AUGGGCGCGCAGCAGUCCGCGCAUCAUGGCCGCGGAGGCGUCAAGCUCCGCCGCCGCUCGAGCGGAAUGGGCGGAAUGACUCCGCACGAGCUGCAGUCGGCGGGAACCGACAUCUCGCACGCCGUCGCGCAAAACCAGGUUCUGCAGCAGCAGCGCGCGGAGCACCAGCAGCGUCUUGCGCAAUCGCCGCAGGUGAAGGCGCAGGGGCAAGCGCAAGCGCAAUCUCCGCUCGCGCAGCAAUCACAAGGCGGAAGCCCUUUGGGAGGGACUGGCGCGGGCAGCGGCGGAGGGGGAAGCGCCGGAGGUGCGCCUGGCGUACCUCCGCGGGACUUUUCCGUAGGUUCGGAGUCGCGACGCCGAACCAAGGUGUCAGCUUUGGAGGUGCCGCCGUGGGAGAUCGUGGCGCAUCUGACGGAGAGCGAUUGGAUCGCGCUUAAGGCGUGGAUCGAAGCGGGUUGGAGGUGCCGCAAGUGCGGGCACCUGCGCGACGACGGCGCGGACCACCCCAAGACGCUGGCGCUGCUGCACCGCUGCGGAAUCGUCCCCCCGCACCAGCACCCGCACCUCCCCGCGCACACCCUCUCCCACACCUCCUCCGCGCCCGGCUCCCCCAGUUCCACCCAAUCCGGAGCUGCCAGGUGGCAGCAGCAGCAGCAAGGUGGGGGUCAGGGGUCGGGGCAUCCCCCCUAUGGUGUUGUGGAAUAUUCGAAACCGUCUCCUGACGCGCAGAUGGAAUUUUUAUCUGACCAUUCCGGGGGACGGAGUUCCCGAGGUGGGUCGCCCAGCCACCCGAUGCUCCGCACCGGAACGGGCGGCAGGUCGUUGUCUUAUAUGGGCUCGCCUGGGCGACAGCACGGGGCGAUGAGCGGGGGAAUGGGCGGGGGAAUGGGAGGGGGAGUGGGAGGGGGGGAAGGGGCGGGCAUGGGGAGAAUGAGCCAGUCAUCGCAUUAUGGGCCGGAUUACAGUGUGAGGGGCAUGGGGAGAGACGGUAUGGGUGGCGGAGGCGGCGGAAUGGGCGGCGGAAUGGGCGGAGCAGGGGGAAUGGGUGCUCCGGACGCUUGCCCCAGACACCUUGCCCAACCCCACCACCUCAUGAGCGGCGAGGGGCCUGUCAGCAGAAGCUUCCACGAGAGUUCCUCUUGGGAGAUGCGGAGAGGAGGGGGAGGGGGGAUGGGCGUGGAAGGGGGAGGCGCGGGGGGAGUGGCGGGGGGAAUGGGCGGAGCGGCGGGGAUGGGGGGAGGGGCAGGGGGGAUGGUGGGGGGACCGCAGCGGCCGUUGAUGCGGACGAUGAGCAUGUCUGAGGCACUGCAGCGGAAGCUGCUUGCUGCUAUCACUCGCGCACACCAAGUGUACUUCAUUGAUAAGGAGCCCAACGGCAGUCUGGUGUUUGACUACCUGCUGUCUGCGCUCCUGGAGGUGACCGAGUCCAGCUUUGGCUUCAUCUCCUCCGCUCUGCUCAAGGCCGAUGGCACGCCCUACCUCAAGACGCAUGCAAUGACGAACGUGGCAUGGACCAAGGAGCUGCGGGCAUGGUACGCGGCGAACGCGCACAAGGGCCUCGUGUUCACCAACAUGAACACGCUGCACGGAGCUGUCGUGCUCACGGGGCAGCAGGUUCUCUCCAACGACGCCCGCAACGACCCGCGGGCGAGAGGAGUGCCGCCCGGCCACCCUGUGAUCGAGAAGUUCAUGGGCAUCCCGCUCUAUACAGGCACGGAGCUGAUAGGGAUAUUCGGGGUGGCCAAUCGCCUGCAGGGGUACGACGAGCAGCUGGUGAAGGAGAUUGAGCCGCUGACGAUGACAAUUGCUCAGAUGAUCUACGCGGUGAAUGAGCGGAAGAGGAGAAAGGAGGCUGAGCUGCACCUGUCCAGCGUUGUGCAGGUGGCCAAGGAGGGCAUCAUGUCGCUCUCUCACAGCGGCCACGUCACAUCCAUGAACCUCUCAGCACGGCAGAUGUUUGGCUACUCGCCCACCCCCUCCGACACCAACGGCAGCAGCAGCACCAACGGCACUGCUGCUGCUGCUGUGGCGGCGGGGGGCAGCAUCAUCAGCCGUGACAGCAGCAACGUCACGCCGCCGCCCAAUCUGCAGUUCCAGGAUCUGAUGGUGGAAAUCAACGGCCAGCGAGACUUUUUGGCACGAGGCCUGGACGCGGCGAGUGGCAAGGUGCACAAGGGCAUCGGCAGGCGGGUGGAUGGCAGCACGUUCCCUCUGGAGGUGUCGGUCUCCAAGGGCACGUACGACACGGUCUUCUAUGUGGCCGUGCUGCGAGACAUCUCUGAGAGGCUGGACGCCGAGAAGAAGCUCAAGGAGAGCGAGGAGCGAUGGCUGUACGCCCUGUCAGGCAGCGACGACGGUGUGUGGGACUGGAACGUGCGCGACAACACCAUGUUCUUCUCCGACCGCUGGAAACAGAUGCUCGGCUACGAGCCUGGCGACAUAGGGUCGACGUUGGACGAGUGGGAUCGUCUGUUGCACCCAGAGGACAAGGACAGGGCUUAUGCUGAUCUCAAGGAGCAUCUGGACGGUGUGACUGCUCAGUUUGUGAACGAGCAACGGCUCAGAUGCAAGGACGGCAGCUACAGUUGGUUCCUGCAUCGCGGCAAGGUGCUGAGCAAGACGGAGGACGGGGAACCGCUGCGGUUUGUGGGCACGCACACAGACAUCACGGAGAGGAAGAUGUUCGAGCAGGGCAUGGUGCAGGCUAAGGACGAGGCUGAACGGGCUUCACAAGCUAAAGCAGAUUUUCUGGCCACCAUGUCACACGAGAUCCGCACCCCCAUGAAUGGCGUCGUGGGCAUGACGGCCCUCCUUCUCGACACCCACUUGACCCCCGAACAACGGGAUCGUGUGGUCACGAUCCGCGACUCGGGCGACAUGCUGCUGCAGAUCAUCAACGACAUCCUCGACUACUCCAAGAUCGAGUCCGGCAAGCUGGAGAUCGAGCAGACGCUCUUCAACGCGCUGCAGGCCGUUGAGAGAGUUGCUGAGCUGCUGAUCCACAACGCGGAGAGCAAGGGGCUGGAGGUGGUCAUUGAGAUCGGCCCGGACACUCCCACGUUCCUGGUUGGGGAUUCAGGAAGAACACUGCAGGUGCUAAUCAACCUCGUAUCCAACGCCAUCAAGUUCACCGAACGUGGACACGUCAUCUUCCGCCUCUCCUCCUACACCGCCCCUGCCCUCCCCUCCUCCCCGUCUCACCCCGCUCUCCCCGCCUCCUCCUCCGCCUCUUCCACCACCACCACCCUCACCACCAACACCUCUGCACCCAACAGCGGCCCAUUGGUACCGCAGCAGUUCUGGGUGUGCCAGGUCAUUGACACUGGCAUCGGUAUUCCCAAGGAGCGACUCGGCCGGCUUUUUACUAAGUUCUCUCAGGUGGAUGCAUCCACGACACGCAAGUUCGGAGGGACCGGGCUGGGUCUUGCCAUCUCAAAACAGCUGGUGGAGCUGAUGGGAGGCAGCAUCUCAGUGGAGAGUGAGUUCCACGUGGGCACCACUUUCACAGUGCACCUGCCAAUCAACGCCCACCACCCCGCGUACGCGUCAGCGCUCUCCCUGUCCACGUCAUCGCUGGCCAAUCAGUGCAGCAGCAGCAGCCUUGUCGUGUCUGAGUCAGCAAUCCCGCUCUGCCUCCCCACGUCUUCCUCUACUGGAGGGGGGGCGGGCGGAGGGGAAGGGGGAAGGGGGGAGGGGAGGAGGGGGCCGUUGUCAGGUGGCAGCAUCCCAUUGGCUAUCGGGAGUGUGGCGGAUGAGUUGCUGAAUCUGAGACUGCUGGUUAUCUCGCCGAUCCAGGUCACAGCGUCAGCCAUAUCAAAGCAGCUGACAGCCUGGCACGUGCCUCACUCGCUCCUCAUCGCCACGCCAGAGGAAGCCAUUCUGCAGCGCCUGCCAGCUGGCACUCUGCCGCCCGCCCCCGUCGCCCGGCUGGCGCCGUCCAUGCGGUGGAGAGAUGGCAGCGAGCGGGAGGGCGUGGCGGAGGACUAUGAUGCGGUGAUGGUUGACCUGAGUCAACGCCCCACUCUGGCUGAUGCUAAUGUGAUUCUUUUCAACCCAACAGGAGGUGCUGGAGUGUCUGGGCAGGAACAGGGUGGGCGUGGUGCUGCUGCUGCGGAACCGCAGCAGCUGAGGGCAGAGGUGCCGGAGUGUCUGGGCAGUAACAGGAUGGGUGUGGUGCUGCUGCAGCACUCAACCCUCCCCACUUGUUUUGUAUCGUUAUCUGUUGCCCUCCUCUCCCUCUCAUUGCCCACAGGAGGUGCUGGAGUGUCUGGGCAGGGACAGGGUGCGUGUGGUGCUGCUGCUGAACAGCAGCUGAGGGCAGUACAGGCUGCAGCACUCAACUCAACCCUCCUCACUCCCCCUUGUCUUCCCGGACGGCCCCUUUCACUUCAACGUUUCAACCCCACAGGAGGUGCUGGAGUGCUUAGGCAGGGACAGGGUGGGCGUGGUGCUGCUGCUGAACGGCAUGGCAUGGUGGAUGGUGGGAUGGUGGGUGGGAUGGUGGGUGGGAUGGUGGGUGGGAUGGUGGGUGGGAUGGUGGGUGGGAUGGUGGGUGGGAUGGCUCUGAUGGAGGCUCCAGAAGCGACGCUGAGGGCGACACCAGGGGGGGAGAGUCUGCUGCAGUCCCUGCACCCACUCCUUCCCUGUAACCCCCAUUCCCAUCUUCCUCCAUCUCACCCCUUACCACCACAGGUCCGCCCCAAGGCUUUAAUGGAAGCUCUAGAAGCGGCACUGAGGGCGACGCCAGGGGGGGAGAGCCUGCUGCAGCAGGGAGGAGCAGGAGGGGCGGCAAGGGGAGGGCGGGCAAGCGGGGUGGGCACGCGAGCAGGAGGGGGCAAGCCCAGCGGACCGAAGCUUAGCGGCCGGAUAUUGCUGGCAGAAGACAAUGCGAUCAACCAGAAGGUGGCCAAGUCGAUGCUAGCCAUGCUGGGAGUGAGUGUGGAUCUCGCCAACAACGGGCUCGAGGCAGUUAACCUCUCCGAGAAGAACCACUACAACCUUAUCCUCAUGGACUGCCAGAUGCCGGAGAUGGACGGGUGGACGGCCAGCAGCAAGAUCCGAGAGCUGGAGGCGGCAAGAGGGCAGCCACCAGUCACAAUUGUGGCGCUCACGGCCAAUGCGCUGAAAGGCGAUCGGGAGCAGUGCUUGGCAGCUGGCAUGACAGACUACAUGUCCAAGCCAGUGAGCAAAGCAGCGCUGGAGAAGGUGUUGCGGCACUACCUGGUGCCCGCCUGA